GUAUCACACAUUAUAUGUGCAAACAAGAGAGAGAAACGUUGAAACAACUUUAAAUAUAAUUAGACAAUAUUUUGUUCCAUAAAUAGGUAACUUUUGUUACUGACUUACACAAUUUGAUUUAUUUAUUUUAGUGUUUUUCUUGCGAGAAAGAGAAAGAAGUAAAAUAUUAAAAAUACAUGUGCGAAGAAAAGACUAUUGCUCCGAGUGUGCAUUAUAACCUGCCGGUAUCAUAUGGUUGUACAGGUUAUUUUCUGUCCAUGCUUUUGCAAAAGUGAAGACUGAAAAAAUGGAUACAAAACAAAAAGCACGUAUCCUGGAAGAUGUAAAAGGAGUGUUAUCAAAACAUGACGUUUUAUUGAGAGAAGUGGAAAUCAUUCGUAACUGGAAACCACAGAGCGAUGUAUGGGUGCUGCUAUAUGGACGUGCUUUACUGGCUGGAGCAGCAUCAUUCACAGGUGCUUACAUUAAUCUGCGAUUCAGGCGAAAAUUAAAAUUACGGGAUUAUGGUCUCUUUCCCACGAUGUUAGGUCUUACAGCAGCUCCAGCUAUAACAACAUCUCUUUCAUAUUCAGAGGUCAUCCUGCGAAAACUAUUGUUAUUAGACAUUACUUGUCCUUUAUGUUUGGAAUCCAAAGCUGCAAUCUUGCAAACUUUUACCGGACUGGUUCUGCCACUAAUGCUAACACCAAUCGCAAAUUUCGCAGUUACCAGUGGCAGUGGAGUAUUUAACACACCACAUUAUUCUGAUAUGAAAGGAAUAUUUAAAAUCGUUUCAUCAACUUAUAAACCAAUGCUUCCCAAAAUUGCAACAUUAUUCACCCUUCACGUGUUGCUAGCUAAUGUUAUAACAUAUUUACAAAUCAAAUCUUUUAUCCGUAUAAAAGAUAUACAAUAUAUAAUGAAACUAGAAAACAAAGAUGCAUUACAUGUGCAAUAAAAAGUUUUAAGAAAACAAAUUUUAUGUGUUAGUAAAUAAAAAAAUAUAUGAAGUUAACUACAUUGUAUAUAUUAUAUAUAAUAUAAGGACACUAAGAAAGGCUGUAAUAGUUUGUAGAAUAUAAAAUGUAUUUUUAUUUCAUUAUUGACAUUAGUGUUAUAAGAUGUCUAUUUAUAAUCAUUCACCGAUGCUCUUGUUUUUACCAAGAGUAUUGUUACGCAUAGUAGUUACACAUACUAUUUCCCUUUCUCAAAAUUAAUCCAGUAUCUAGGCACCAUAUGAUUUGUUAUGAUAAUAAACGCUUUCAAACUGUUUAAAAAGAUUGCUGGUUUAAAUAUUAAUAGUAUAUACAGCUUUUCUAAUUUAAGACAAUUUUUCUGUAAUGUUGACUCUAAUAUAUAAGUUCAAUUUACGAUCAAAGGUGUGUAUUAACUCAUGUUUUAUAUUAUUGAUUUUCUUAUAGGCUGAAGCAAA